AAACAGUCGUCGAGUAAACAUCAACAUCCACCAUUACCUUACGGCCUAUCUCUAACUAUAUCUACCCAUCUCCUACCUACCCAAUCACCACCACCGUCAUAUUACUGUAUUCGGCCCUCAUCCUCCUCCACAAUGGCUACCGGUUCCGCACCUCUCUCCACAGAACAAUUCACAAGCAUCGCCAACAGGGCAUGCGAAGAAGCCCUCGGCUCCGCAGAGAAAUACGAGCACGAGAAAGUAUCCGACUGGAACACUGCCAUCAUUAACUCCAUCCUUCAAGCCGUCAUCAAGGAAAGUCAGUCCGCGACCGUCGACUCCAAAUCCCCUCCACCCCCCGGCCACAAAUUCGUCGCCAACAGCACCAUAAUCCAACAUAUCGGUCACCCUUCAGAAGCUGCUACUGCUGGCCGCCGCGGCAUGCACAGCGCCGUGGGCGCCUUCUGGAACACCGAUAAGGAUGGUACUUUUUCCUACAAGUGGGACGGUGCUGACACCAAGGGCAUGGAUGUUGUCAUUAGCAUCAACUGGAUCGGCAUCUAG